AUGGCUUAUUCUAGUGGUUCUGAAAGAUGGUUUCCAGACCAACAGCUUCAGCAGCUUCUGGGAACUUGCUGGCUCAGUACCGGGUCUAAUGAAUUGUUAACUCUAGAGGGGAAGACUGACCAUGUUUGCGUAUUUCUUUCUACAGAGAAAAGAUGCUUGUCUUCCCAAGUGCUCUUAUGGACUGUUGCUGGGGUCUCCAUGCUACUGCUCAGCGCCUGUUUUAUCACCAGAUGUGUUGUGACAUAUCGUGUCUUUCAACUCUGUGAUGAGAAUAAGUUCCAGCUACAUGAGGCGUUCAGGGACUUCUCCUGCUCCAAUGAUGGAUCGGGUUCAGUCAAAAAUUGCUGUCCAUCAGACUGGGUACAUUUUCAGUCUAGCUGCUACUUCUUUUCUACUAACACCAUGUCCUGGGCAUCAAGUUUAAAAAACUGCUCCAACAUGGGAGCCCAUCUGGUUGUUAUCAACACGCAGGAGGAGCAGGAAUUCCUUUACUUUGCGAAACCUAAAAGGAGAGAGUUCUAUAUUGGACUGACAGACCAGGUGAAUGAGGGUCAGUGGCAAUGGGUAGAUGGAACACCUUUGUCAGAAACUCUGAGCUUCUGGGAUGUCGGGGAGCCCAAUAAUAUAGUGACAGUGGAGGACUGUGCCACCAUCCGAGACUCUUCAAAUCCCAGGAAAAAUUGGAAUGAUGUGCCUUGUUUCUUCAAUAUGUUUCGGAUUUGUGAAAUGCCAGAAAUAAAUGUCUCAAGCAACAAAAAAAUUCUCUAAGAGCAGAAAGCACAACUUAAAUGCAUAAAUAUGGAGACACAAGAGCAUGAACACAACUCCAACCUGAGAGAACUGUGUGCCGCAUUUAAU